GAUCGCCAAUCGUGCCUCUAAAGUUUUCUUGUUGACGAGUGCAAAUAGAAUGUCAGCUUAGCUUGAUUAUUAGUGAUUUAGUGCGUAAAUCGUGAAAUAAUUCUAAUUUUUGGACAACCAUCUACUUUCCGAAGGAUCGUAAAUCAAUUUUGCCACAAUGGCCGAUCCGUUGAGUUUGCUACGGCAGUACAACAUUAACAAAAAGGAGAUCAUCGAACGCGACGGGCAAAUCAUUUUUGGUGAAUUUUCCUGGCCGAAGAAUGUCAAAACAAACUACCUUAAAUACGGAUCUGGCAAAAAGGGGGCACCGAAAGAAUACUAUACCCUUGAAUGUUUACUGUACAUCCUGAAAAAUGUCGCUCUCCAGCACUCGGUUUACGUGCGACAGGCAGCUGCUGAGGACAUUCCCGCCGUAAAUCGUCCCGAUCGUAAGGAACUGUUGCAGUAUCUCAACGGGGAAACGAGCACAUGUGCUAGUAUCGACAAAAGCGCUCCGUUGGAAAUUCCAACUCAAAUCAAGCGUCCGGCUGAAUCAGACUCGUUGGACACAUUGGCCAAGAAAGCUCGUUAUGAAGACACUCAGGUGCAGAAGGUUAAAGAACAGCUUGCCGCUCGGCUUGAUGUUAACAAAAAGGAAGCUUCCGUAAACAUUGACAACAUCAAGUCCCUCUCAGAAACAAUGUCCGUAGAGAAAAUUGCUGCCAUUAAAGCGAAGCGUUUGGCCAACAAAAAAGUUACAAUCAAAAGAACGGAUAAUGACGAUACAAUGGGUGUUGGUCCGGACUUACGAGCUAUUUUAGAUUUUGACGUAGAUUCUACAAAAGACAUCAUCAGUAGGGAACGUCAAUGGCGCACACGAACCACUAUUCUACAGAGCAAUGGGAAAAUCUUUGCAAAAAAUAUUUUGGCCAUACUGCAGGGAAUCAAAAAUCGCGAAGAAGGUCGUGGACGUCCUCAAGCGCCAGUUAUAAAGCUUCCCGAACCACCUCGAGUGAAUCGACCGCAACCACAGCCGGCUCAAUACAAUCGUUAUGAUCAGGAACGAUUCAAUCGUCAAAAGGAAGAAACCGAAGGAUUUAAGAUCGACACUAUGGGUACCUAUCACGGAAUGACGUUGAAGUUAGUGACAGAAGGUUCAGCUGCACAGAAAAAAGCCCAACAGCAGAUCAUUAACAACGCUCUAUCCGCCAAUCUUCCACCGGGCCGUCCGAAGGAUUUGAUGUCGACGGCUCAAGCCCGACUGCUGCCACAAAGUAAUUCCAACAAGAGACAAAGUAGGACGCCCAUAAUCAUUAUACCGGCUGCAACGACCAGUUUGAUCACAAUGUACAAUGCUAGGGAUAUCUUACAGGAUUUGAAGUUCCUUACUACCGAAGAAAAAAAGUCAAAGGGCGGCGUGCGCGACAAUGAAGUGUUGAUCCAGCGCCAAAAAGCAGGUGGUCUCACUGUACCUUAUCGCGUCAUCGAUAAUCCAGUCAAGCUGAGUGCACAGGAUUGGAAUCGGGUUGUCGCCGUGUUUGUGAUGGGCCCAGCCUGGCAGUUUAAGGGUUGGCCUUGGGACGGAAAUCCGGUUGAGAUAUUCUCCAAAAUCGCUGCCUUCCAUCUACGGUACGACGAGAUGAAACUGGAUGCAAACGUUGCUCGCUGGGCGGUCACGGUGCUCAACGUGUCUCGAACCAAACGACAUCUGGACAAAGCCAGUCUGAUGGUAUUCUGGGAGAAGCUGGACUUGUACAUGACCAAGUAUAAACCGGAUCUGCGCUUCUAGAGUAGCUGAUUAGGGUCAUAUUGUCGCACUACGAAUGAUUUAGUUCUCCACAAAUUGUAACAGAUUUGAUUAUAUCACAUCAACACACUUUAGACGGAUACCUUUUUUAUCACAGUUUAUUCCAGUCGUAGCAGUGAGUCGAUUGUAGACAUAAUAUAUCUGGCCAAACUGGAGGGAAAUAAACGUAUGCUUGAUAA